AUGUUUGGAGUGGGAUUUGUGGCUAAAGAGGAAUUCAUCUCUGGAUUCAGGAGAGCAAAGCCCGAGACUUGUGUGACCAACCAGAUACUAUUUGGAUAUCCAGACCAAACUCAUCAAGCCAAACCUGAAUAUAAUACCUGUAAUAGAAAGCAACAGUGGGCAGCUAAGAAUGUUGCUCUGGUAGCACACACUUCUCUAAGGAUGCCUGCAAAAGAAGAUUGGUACCUUGAUAGUGGUUGCUCAAAUCAUAUGAGUGGUAGGAAGAACUCUCUAGUAGACCUCAAAUUGGAAGGAAACAACUAUGUGACUCUGGGUGAUGGAGAAAUAAGAGAAGUCAAAGGUGUUGGGAAGAUAGAACGGCGGGGUAUCCCUAAUGUAAACAAUGUUCUUCUUGUACAAGGACUGGCUGCAAACCUUAUAAGCAUCAGUCAGUUGUGUGAUGAAGGAUUCAAUGUCAGGUUCACCAAAGAGGAGUGA